AUGAUGAAUGAUGAUGGUGAUCUAUUUCCUUGUACAACUGAACAACAACUUAUACGAAAACUAUUAUUAUAUUAUGAACCAUCAGUAAGACCAGUACUUCAAGCUCAAGCAGUAGUUACUGUUUCAUUUCGUAUGGAAAUUACUCAAUUAUUUGAGCUUGAAGAAAAAACACAAAUAUUAACAACAAAUGUACGUAUUGAACAAAAAUGGUUUGAUGAAAAUCUUUCUUGGAAUCAAACUGAACAUGAUGGUAUACGUGGUAUUCGGUUACCGUCACAACGCAUAUGGUUACCGGAUAGUUAUAUUUAUAAUGCAGCAUUUGAUCUUACAAGUCAUGCACCAGCACAAGCAGUUGUUAAUGGUCCAUAUGUUAUGGUUUAUCAUACAGGUGAAGUUGUUUUUCCUGUAUUAAUGAAAUUACGUACAACUUGUAAAGUUAAUAUUCAAUAUUUUCCAUUUGAUCGACAAGUAUGUGGUUUAAAAUUUGCAUCAUGGAUCUAUGAUAUAUCAUCAAUUAAAUAUGAACUUGUUGCUAGUCCAAAUGAUCCACAACAAUCAGAAAAUUUAAAAAAUAGUGGCGGUUGGGCUAUACUUGAUGUUAAACAAGGUCUUGUAUGGCGAACAAAGAAUAAUAAAACUUAUGCAGAAUUAGUUUAUGGUGUUCAUAUUCGUCGUCGUCCAUUAUAUUAUAUAUUCAAUGUAAUAAUUCCAUGUGCUAUGCUUUCAUGUUUAACUUGUAUGUCAUUUUGGUUACCAACAUCAUCCGGUGAAAAAGUAACUCUUGGUUUAACUUGUUUUGUUGCAUUUUCUGUUUUCAUGCUUAUGGUUGCUGAAAAAGUUCCAGCAACAUCUGAUACAGUACCUAUUAUUGGUAUCUAUUUAACGAUUGUUAUGAGUCUGACAUCAAUAUCUGUUAUAAUGGCUGUUAUUGUUGCUAAUGUAUAUCAACAAGCAGCAAUGUGUGCAUCAGAAAAACAUCGUGCACCACAAUGGUUGAUUAAAUUUGCACUUAUCUAUGUGUCUCCUCUUCUUCAUCUGCAGGACAAGGUCAAAGCAAUAUUAAGUCAAAAGGUAAGAGAAUAUAUAUUUUUGUUGAAAAAUAAAAGUUCAUCCAUAUUUGAUUGGAUGAGGUGA